AUGGCGGCAUGUCAGGGCCUCGGGCCCUCGAGUGGAGGCCAAAGGGACAUAGCCCAGACUCCGGAGCAACUCGUGGCUCACUUGGAUCGCGUGCCGGCCGAGGACAUUCGUGCGCAGCUCACCGCUUUGCGGCGAGUCGCUGCGGUGAGAAGCGAGGACCCUGCCAGGUUGAGGCAGGAUGGUCGCUUGCAGAGAUGCCUGAGCGGACUUGAGAUGCGAGACGUGGAUGCGCGAGGCUUUUCAGAUCUAGCCUGGUGGUGUGGCAGGCCCUCCUCCACGGCAGCCGCAGCAGCUUCGAUUGCCAAGAUAGCGCAGCUCGAGCCGCAGAGCCUGGUCAAUGUUGCAUGGUCCUGGGCCACAUCGCACAUUUACGGCCAGGCCUUGCUGGCUCUGAUCUGCUCUCGUGCCCUGGCCGUUCUCGAUGAGUUUCAGCCGCUUCCUUUGACCAACUUUGUUUGGUCGCUGGCAGGUCUGCAGCCGAGCGGCGUUCCACCCCCGAGCUCAGUCGCCGCGAGAGUACGGACAUUGGUACGGCAGCACAACCCACAGCAGAUUGAAAAAGACAUGCAGGCUGCGAACGGCGCCUGGGCAUCUGGCAAGGCCUGCUACCAAGACGAGCAGCUGUUGGAAGUGACGAGGGAGCAGGCCCUGCGCAGCAUGAACGAGCCCGACAGCCAAAAGCUGGCAAACCUGGCUUGGGCGUGGGCGACGCUCGUUUUACGAAAGAUGGCCUCCUUCAAAGCAGCUGCCGCGGCCUCAAGCAGGCUCGUGCCGGAACCCAGGCCGCAGCACUGCGCCAACCUGGCCUGGGCUCCCGCACGCAUGAUGCAUGUUCCCGAGAGGUUGUCGGAUGCAACCUCGACGACCUUCUGCCAGACAGCCGGGCUGGCCGUCCAAUCCUUGCAAGAGGUCAUCGCUCGACACGUUGCGAAAAGCCCCGGCGAACUGGAGGCGCGGGGUCCCGCCAACUUGGCCUGGUCCCGGGCAAGCCUUGGCCAGCUUGACCGGUCCUCACUUGACCUUGCAAGCUCUCAGCUGCAGCUACGGACUUCGGAGUGCGGCCCGCAAGAGACUGGCACCGCUGCUUGGUCACUCGGAACGCUGGCAAUGCUGGGUAUCCCGCUCAUGCAUGCACCCGGCCACCGCGCGUUUCUCAUCUUGGAAAGAUUGGAGCCCCAGAACCCAACGAACCUGGUGUGGGCGUCCGGCACCAUGGCGUUGGAUCGCGAUGCGCUGUCUUUUGCGGUUGGAGGAGUCUCGGCUGCUUUCAGCAGUUUGCAGCUGUAG